AUGGAUAAUGCAGCAAUAUUAGAACCAAAUGCAACAUUACUUCAGCGGCGACCUUUAGCAUGGAACGGGGAGGACUAUGUGGCAGCUGGCGAUCCUAUCGAGGUCACCGAGAUCAAACCAAGGUUACCGGAGGUCAAAUCCAGGAGCAUAGAGACCAAAGAGGAGAAAAGGGACUCCGAUCAAUAUUUGGAGUCAGAUGACAGUACAGUACAGAAGGAUGAAAACUCAGAUGCAAUUAGCAGUGAAACAGAGCAGGCACAAGUAAACCUGAAGCGAAAUGUUGGUUUAUUCUCUGGAAUCUCGCUGAUAGUUGGAACUAUGAUAGGAUCUGGUAUAUUUGUGUCCCCAACUGGUCUACUAGAGAGAACAGGAUCUGUUGGGAUGUCAUUGUGUGUUUGGACAGCAUGUGGAGUUGUUUCUAUGCUGGGAGCUUUAUCAUACGCUGAACUAGGAACUAUGAUUACUAGUUCUGGAGCUGAGUAUGGAUAUUUUAUGCAAGCUUUUGGACCCUUCUCUGCAUAUAUGUUUAGCUGGGUCUCUACUAUGAUAAUCAAACCUUCACAGCUGGCCAUCAUCUGCAUGUCCUUCGCAGAGUACGCGGUUGAAGCAUUCACAAGCGAAUGUGAUCCUGAUCCUUUUAUAGUUCAGAUAGCUGGAGCUUCAACUGUAGCUGUAGUUACAUUCAUCAACUGCUGGUCUGUGUCCCUGGCAACAUCUGUGCAGAAUGUGUUCUGCAGUUGCAAACUUAUUGCUGUUGCAAUUAUAAUAGGUGGUGGGAUGUGGAAAAUAGCUGAGGGAAGUUAUGAACAUGUUGCAACAGGGUUCGAGGGAACCACGACAAAUGUUGGUCAUAUUGCGACUGCUUUCUAUUCUGGACUCUGGGCAUACGAUGGUUGGAAUAAUCUAAACUAUGUUACAGAGGAGAUAGUUAACCCUAGUGUUAACCUACCCUUGUCCAUAGGUAUCGCUAUCCCCCUGGUAACUAUCUGCUAUGUGUUCGUGAACAUCUCCUAUCUGACCGUGAUGUCCCCUUCGGAGAUGCUGGCCAGUGACGCAGUGGCAGUCACCUUCGGGAACAGGAUUCUAGGACCUAUGGCUUGGUUAAUGCCUCUCUCCGUUGCCAUCUCUACUUUUGGCUCCGCUAAUGGAACAAUCUUCGCUGCUGGUCGACUCUGCUAUGUAGCGAGCCGAGAGGGUCAUCUUGUCGACGUAUUGUCCUUUGUUCACAUCAAGAAGCUGACCCCUGCUCCUGCUCUACUGUUCCACGCUGUAGUUGCUCUAGCUAUGGUACUGUCCGGGGAUAUUGAAGGGCUGAUUGACUUCUUCAGUUUUACCGUGUGGAUAUUCUACGGUAUGGCAAUGCUUGCUCUGCUUGUUCUUCGGUAUAAAUGUCCUAAACUAGCCAGACCUUAUAAGGUUCCAAUAAUAAUCCCAGUCGUCGUCCUGAUAAUCAGUGUAUACUUAGUGAUUGCUCCGAUCAUCGACAAUCCUCAGAUUGAGUACAUGUACUCCAUAAUGUUUAUGGUACUUGGAGCUGUUCUUUAUCUACCUUUUGUUCAUUUUGGAUACGUCUUUACUUUUAUGGAUAAACUAACAACAUUUUUACAGUUGAUGCUACAGAUUGCACCACCCUGUGGAAUUGCAGAUGAAGAAUACAGUGGAUUGUAAAAUCUACACAGAGCACAUGUAAUACAAUGGAUUGUAGUAUCUACGCAGAACACAUGUAAUACAGUGGAUUGUAAAAUCUACGCAACACAUAUGUACUCCAAUUAAAUGUAGAAUUUACGUAGCACACAUUUAAUUUAGUGGAUUGUAGAGUCUAUGCAGCACACAUGUAAUACAAUGAGUUGUAGUAUCUACGCAACACACUUGUAAUACAGUGGAUUGUAAAGUCUAUGCGUAGCACACCUUUCCAACAGUGGAUUGUAAAUUCUACGCAGCACACAUUUACUACAAUGAAUUAUAGAAUCUUCGCAGCACAUAUGAAAUACAGUGGAUUGAAAAAUCUAUGCAGGACACAUGUAAUACAGUUGAUUUUAGAAUCUACGCAGGACAUUUGUAAUACUUUAUUGUAAAGUCUACGCGGAGCACACCUUUAAUGUAUUGGAUUG